AAACCCUAGGCAUCCUCCAUUCCUUCUCCCUGUUGCGUGCAAGCAAGCAGGCGGCGACAACAAUCGACCAACGACCAGUGCCUUGUCUUCCCUUUCGCGGACCACAUCGGCGACCGCUUCCUUCUUUCUCUUAGGUAAAUGUCUGCAUAUGAGAAUGUUGUUGGUGGGAAGCUUAAAUUGAAGGGGAAAGCAUUGGAUGUGAAGGCUGGUGGGGUGAAGAAAAAGAAAACGAAGCGGCACAACAAGGAGGAUUCUCAGAUUGGAAGCAAUGAGCUUCCAGCAGGUGGGAGUUCUGGAUUGUCGGCUGAUGAUCCUACUGAAAGCCUGACCGAAACUGACAAGCUAGGGACUGAAGGACAUGCUCCAUCUUGCGAUGAUCAGCUGACUCCAGCAGAAAGGCGAUAUAUUGAUCAGAGGGAGAGAAUUAACGUGAAAAAGCUGGCUAAGAAAGCCAACAAAUCACACCGAGACCGCAUUCAGGAUUUCAAUCAGUAUCUGGCAAACCUCAGUGAGCAUUAUGACAUUCCAAAGGUCGGUCCCGGUUAACUUGAUGUUACUGUGCCAUCAAAUAAACAGCUGGACCGCCUUGGAAGCUUUGUUCUCAAGUUCAGUUGCUGCUUCUUGUUCCAUUGGGAAGUUCAAAGAAUCAGGAGCACAAGCCACAGGGUUGAUCAUGUUUUAGGUAUAAUGUUUCUCUUUGCUUGUGGAUAUGGGGUUUGUCUUGAACAUCACAUUGUUUCAAAUCUUAGUUUGUGCUGCAACCUGUGUACUUGGUACCUGUAUGAACAUUGUUAUUACUUUUCUUAUCAAUCGACUGAAGCUAUUCAGUUGUAGAUAAUUGGUAGUCUCACUUUAUGCACAAUUGUCAUUGAAGUAUUUGCAGCAUUGACAUUGUGAAAAAGUGGGACAUCCAUUUGCUUUAUCAUGUUGAAGCAACAGUCUAUUAUCUGAUCCAUGAGGCUGCUGCAUAUUCUGUUUAACUUGAA